AUGAUCAAGUUUGUCAAAAGGAACGGAAGCGUGUAUAUUUCGUAUUUCUUCUUCAGAAUCAACUACAACACAAGACACCACAACGAUGUCGCCGACGGAAGCCACCACCUCACAUCCUACCACAACGACUCAAUCAACUACUACACAAGACACCACAGCGAUGUCUUCGACGGAAGCCACCACCUCACACCCUACCACAACGACUCAAUCAACUACUACACAAGACACCACAACGAUGUCUACGACGGAAGCCACACAUCCUACCACUACUACUCAAUCAACUACUACACCAGACACCACAACGAUGUCUGCGACGGGAACCACCACCUCACACCCUACCACAACGACUCAAUCAACUACUACACAAGACACCACAACGAUGUCUUCGACGGGAGCCACCACCUCACACCCUACCACAACGACUCAAUCAACUACAACACAAGACACCAUAACGAUGUCUACGACGGAAUCCACCACCUCACACCCUACCACUACUACUCAAUCAACUACUACACAAGACACCAGAGCGAUGUCUACGACGGAAGCUACCACCUCACACCCUACCACAACGACUCGUAA